UGAUCCUUUUUUAAUAUCGUUCAUAGUUUAAUUCUGCUUUAAUGGUCACUUUUGUAUCCUUUCAAUGGAACCGUGCUUUUAAAUUGUGAGCCACUUUGGCUUGGAAGCCCAACCGGGGCGAGGCCUGCUGCCUGGGCGGAGCACCGCCCUCCCUUGAGAAGGCAGCCGAGGGAGUCGCUCAGAGCCCGGCUGCCUUCCUUCUCCUCCGCGGCAGCCGCCAUGCCGAAGGUGGUCUCCCGCUCCGUGGUCUGCUCCGACACGCGGGACCGCGAGGAGUACGACGACGGAGAGAAGCCUCUACACGUGUAUUACUGCUUGUGUGGACAGAUGGUGCUGGUCCUGGACUGCCAGCUGGAGAAGCUGCCCAUGAGACCCCGAGACAGAGCCCGGGUGAUUGAUGCUGCCAAACACGCACACAAAUUCUGUAACACUGAGGAAGAAGAAAAUGUUUAUCUACGCAGGCCAGAAGGCAUUGAACGGCAAUACAGGAAAAAGUGUGGAAAGUGUGGACUGCUUCUGUUUUACCAGCACCAACAGAAGAACGCCCCAGUUACCUUCAUUGUAGAUGGUGCUGUUGUCAAAUUUGGGCAAGGCUUUGGCAAAACAAACAUCUAUACCCAGAAGCAAGAGCCACCCAAGAAGGUGAUGAUGACAAAACGGACAAAGGACAUGGGCAAAUUCAGUUCAGUCACCGUCUCCACCAUUGAUGAAGAGGAGGAAGAGAUUGAAGCGCGAGAAAUUGCAGAUUCAUAUGCACAGAAUGCCAAAGUGAUUGAGAAGCAGCUAGAACGGAAGGGCAUGAGCAAAAGAAGACUACAGGAGCUGGCUGAACUGGAAGCAAAGAAGGCCAAAAUGAAAGGCACCCUAAUUGACAACCAAUUCAAAUAAGGAAAAACACAGCCAAGUUUGAAAGUAUCAUUUCUGGAAAAGAGCACAGUCCUAUUUGGUAUGCCUUGUGAAAUCCAGAUCCAUCCAUUGCAAGAUGCUUUGUUGUCUUAGUCGAUCGGACUGUUCCAUUCUGUUUAGAAAUUUUGUAAUUUUUGUGUCAUGUUUUUAACAUCUUCUAAAACCUUUUUGAGUCUAAGAAGUAUAGUUUGCUGUAUUUCACAAGAACCAGUCCACCUGGUGGCAAGUCCAAGGGGGCAUUAGCUUCAGUCAUGCUGAGUUCCUUACUUGUAUAUUUUCAUAUGUACAUAAAAUUGUAGACAUGUGUAAAAUUUGUAUUGACAGGGCAGAAACAAACAGUACAGAAAAUAAAUCCCUGGGAAGGUUGGUUUAA